UAUUUUUUUUUUAAAAUGAAAACAAAAACAGAAAAAGGAAGAGUUAGAAUUUGCUUUCGCUUUCUCGAUCCCUCUCUCUCAAAAUCGCUGUUCCUCUCUCACCCACCGCCACCGGCCGCCGCUCUCAAUCCCUCUCUCACUGCUCUCAAUCUCUCUCCCUCACCUCGCCGUAACGCCGUUCAAUCUUCCGCCGCAGCCGCACCACUGCUCAGCUCACCGCGCCGCACCACACCGCACCGCACUCACUCUUUCUCUUCGUCUCGUUUCAGGUUUUUGUGCACCUCCAAAUCCUUCAGCUCCAAGAUGUUUGGUUUUCGCCGAAUUGUUUCUAAUGUUGCUGUCUGCCUUCGUCAAAACCUAUCGCUUCGUGGCUGUGUGCAAGUACGAAAUAUAAACAUUGGAGGUGGUCUUGGAGGUGAGAUUCCAGACGGCAAGCGACUUUCGUAUGCUCUUCAGCAUAUCCACGGGAUUGGCCGUGCAAAAGCUCAUCACAUUGUGUGUGAGCUUGGAGUUGAAAACAAAUAUGUGAAGGACCUAAGCAAAAGAGAACUAUAUUCUCUUCGUGAAUUGCUUUCCAAGUACUUGAUUGGAAAUGAUUUGAAAAAGUUAGUUGAGAGAGAUGUGGCAAGGUUGGUGGGUAUUCAAUGCUACAGAGGGAUCAGGCACGUCGAUGGCUUACCCUGUCGGGGACAGCGAACUCAUACAAAUUCUCGCACUAGGAAGAAAAUGCCUACUUACCGGGGUUCAAGAUAAAUGCUGCUCAAGUAAAAGAUGAGUUGUGUUACUGCUCUGCUUUGAGCUUAUCAAAUAAGUUUUGUUAAAAACUUGAUUACAUUACCUAGAUCCACACACAUUAACUUUAAAUUAUGAAUUAUCCUUGGCAUGCUUAUUGGCUUAUCAUUGCUUUGAAAGGAUAGUACUAGUUUUUGGCAUUGACUUUGUCUUGAUGGAUUUUUUAUUUUAUUCUUUUUAAAGAA